GCGGGGGCUUAGCUCUGAUGGAGAGAAGAUGCCCACUGCCAUCGUCCCUGUGUAGCGCAGGAGAGCUACAAACCGGGUUUAUUUACCGCAGAUACCACACACACACACCCUGUUGUCUUUCGGCACAGCUGCAUGUUGUAGUCUGACACAAGAAGCUCGAUGUCUGUGGCAAAUGCGAGACACACUGUCCUGAAUCCGGUGAUCCCAUACACAGGGCCCAUACCUGGAGGCCUGCACCCUGGGGAGAUCAUCAUCAUCCAGGGCACUGUGCCCCCAGAUGCUGACAGGUUUCAGAUCGACCUGUCGAGCGGCUGCAGCACCAAGCCGCGCUCUGACGUCGCCCUCCACUUCAGCCCUCGCUUCAAAGGCUCGCCCUGUGUGGUAUGUAACUCCCUGCUGCAGGAGAGCUGGGGCAAAGAGGAGACGCUCCAUCAGCUGCCCUACAAACGCGGAGCCCCCUUCGAGACCAUCAUCCUGGUGCAUGAGGAUGUCUUUAAGGUGGCAGUGAAUGGUACUCACCUGCUGGGAUACAAGCACAGAAUCCCACUAAACAGGGUCGACACAUUUUCCAUUUCUGGGAAAGUCAGGGUGCACGCUAUUGGCUACAUCCCAAACUCAGCAAUAUAUUCAGAAUCAGGUGACUUGAGCCUCCCUUACAAAGGCAGUAUACUCAAAGGACUGAGCCCCGGACAGCACAUCACAAUCAAAGGACAGGUCAGCAUGUAUCCUCACAGUUUCACAGUAAACCUGGGCAACAGCAGGACAGAGAACAUCGCUCUCCAUUUGAACCCUCGCAUGAAGUCCGGGGUGUUCAUCAGGAACUCGUACCUGAGUGAGUCCUGGGGUCAGGAGGAGCGGGAGCUGCCCUUCUUCCCCUUCUCGUCAGGGGAAUACUUUGAGAUUCUCAUCCUCUGUCAGCCCCAUCAGUUCAAGCUGGCGGUGAACGGUUCACACUUGUUUGAGUUCAGACAUCGGGUGCAGGACCUGAGAAGCAUCGACCAGCUGGAGAUUAUGGGAGACCUGGAGCUCACCGACGUUAAACUGUGGUGACUCGGGACUCUAGGCUCUAGACACAGAAAACCAGCGUUACAGGCACAGUUGUGUUCUGGUUAUCAAUGCUACAUUAGCUUCACCACAAUGACCCAGAUGAUGGAUGCUAAAAACAUAAAAACCCUGCGCUGACUUAAGGUUUGAAUUUCAGGUCCGGUUUGUCUUACAGCAAACAGAGGUCACUGAUCUCAAGCUAGUCUAGCAUUUUUGGUGGCCAAGGACCAUUAACAGGUCCUACUAUAGACUAAAUGAUCCAUCUUUCCAGCCCCGACUAAAGGACUGAUGCAUGAGAGUUAGAUGUGCUGGAGCGACAGGCUGUGAAGCCACCAUGACUGUUUACAGUUACAAGUUAGGUUUACCUUGGUUCAUUUCUUAUACUGUCUCUAGUACAUCUCUGCUGUGACACACUAUUAGUGCACUGUGUAAUCAAAACAGGAAAUAUAUGUAAAUGUUAAUAAGCUCUUAAAUACCUGCUUUGUUUAAAUGUCAAGACAGUUGGCAAAUGCAGACUGUGAAUGAAACUGGAGGGCUCCAUAUUUUUUUUUUUUUUUUUUUUUUGGGGGAGCAAGGCCCAAUAAAGACCAAUUUAUUGUACAGCUAAUUAAAAAAACAUUUUUCAUAAUUAUUAAACUAUCUCUAGUGGUUAUAUUCUUUUUUUGUGUUGAAAAAAUUAACUUAAAAUAGCAUCAAUCAUUAUUUUCAUCUGCUUUUUUUUUUAAUACCGAAGAAUUAAGCUAAACGCCCAGUUUGUUUUUCACCAAAUUCAUAAUCCUCAGGAUUCUCUAACAGAUGACAGUGUCCCCAUGUACUUGACAUUUAAAUCAAAUUCUCGUGUAAUGAUGCAGCAAAACUCAAGCACAGUGCAGUACAGGGUCAAUUUAAAACAUAACUAUUUAAAUAACCUAACAAAUGCCAUUUUGCAAAUCUUUAUGCAAGCUGUAGAGUACACUAGAAUUCUGCAUCUGUGACCAUCUCUUGUUUCACUGUUCUCCCACUCCUGCUCCAAAAAGAGAGGAAAUGUCCCAGAUAAUAAUAAAAAAAAAAAAAAAAAAAUAUCUGGGAUAUUUCUUUUCCAAUGCUAUUGGGAUUUCGAAUUGUCUGUUGUAAAAUAUGUAUGAAAAAAAUCUU